GAAGACUCGUGGCAUUAUCACCACCCUAUGUGGUAUAAAACCAAAUACUCUAGUAAUUUACUAUUCGAGUCAAUGAAUUGCUACUAUGAUUAUUUCUUGCCAAGGAUAGCUCCCGCGAAGCCAUUUACUAGAAAAUCGGAGAUUUCGAGAAGGAGAGAGAGAGAGAGAGAGAGCUACACAAUGGCGACUCUACAGUUGUUCAUGACUGAUUGCUCCAAGCGAGUAGGAAUUAGGCAGAGACCAAUACCAUCAGGAGGUGGAAGCUCAAGAACUUGUGCUAUGAGGAGCAGCAAGCUGCCGGUGUGCGGUGGAAGAAUGAUCACAAACAAUCACAGUGGCGAAAGAGGAGGAGGGUUCACGAGGGCGUACACUCCGGUACCGAUGGUGAUCGAGCAGUCGGAACGAGGAGAGAGGGCCUACGACAUCUUCUCUCGACUCCUCAAGGAGCGAAUCAUCUGCAUCAACGGCCCCAUUUUCGACGACACCGCACACGUCGUGGUUGCCCAGCUCCUCUUCCUCGAGGCCGAAAACCCCUCCGAUCCCAUCUACAUGUACGUGAACUCCCCCGGCGGCUCCGUCACUGCAGGUCUAGCAAUUUAUGACACAAUGCAGUACAUUCGGUCUCCUAUUAAUACCAUAUGUAUGGGUCAAGCUGCAUCAAUGGCUUCUCUCCUCCUGGCUGCUGGUGCAAAGGGUGAGAGGCGGGCCCUCCGAAAUUCAACUAUAAUGAUUCAUCAGCCUUCAGGCGGGUAUAGUGGGCAGGCUAUAGAUAUGACCAUUCACACAAAGCAGAUAAUUAGGGUUUGGGACACACUGAAUGAAUUGUAUGGAAAGCAUACAGGGCAGCCCAUAGACAUAAUUCAGAAGAAUAUGGAUCGGGAUUAUUUUAUGACACCAGAAGAGGCGAAGGAAUUUGGUAUUAUUGACGAGAUUUUGGACAAGAGACCAAUGGCUCUAGUUGCGGAUGCUGUUGGUGAUAAAGGCAAAGAUAAAGAUUCAAAGUAGUCUUUAAGGGUUGGGGGUUCCAGAUCGAACGAAGACUUAAAAGGCUUUAGAAAGGGAUGUUCUGAAGUGCUGGUUAAGGGCCCAAUCCAAGAAAGGAAGCUGAGCCAUUUAUUUUUUCGAAACUUUAAUAUGAUUAAGAAGAAUGAUCUUUGAUGAGUCUCGAGGAUUCUUCCUUUUAUUGUUUGCGCAUUUUACGUUAAUUAUAUCCUUUCUUCUCUCACUUCAUUCA